AUGUUCGGGACCAAACCACGCGAUCCGCAAAAGCGAAAAAGCCGACAGCUCGAGGGGGGUGAGGAUGUGCUGCCUGCGCGCAAGAAGCUGCACCGCAAGGCACCUAGCGAGGACGAAGACUCGGAGAGCCCAGAACCAGCGGCCAAGUCCAAGAGCCAACCCGCGCCACAAGAAAACAACUAUCCCUCCGUCAAUGAGCUGAAAAAGCGAAUCCGCGAUGUGAAACGUCUCCUCAACAAGCCGGACUUGCCCGCCGAUGCGCGAGUCUUGCAACAACGCGCGCUGGCAGGAUACGAGCAGGAUCUGGCGGAGGAGACGGCGCGGCGACAGCGGUCGCAGAUGAUCAAAAAAUACCACUUUGUGCGAUUCCUCGAUCGCAAAACCGCCACCAAGGAGCUCAACCGGUUGCAACGCCGAGAGAAGGAGCCAGACCUAAAUCCUAGUCAGAAGGAACGCCUUGCGAAAAAGAUUCAGACUGCUCGGGUCAACCUCAACUAUACCAUCUACUAUCCUCUCACGGAGAAGUACAUUUCUCUCUACCCGAAAUCCAAAGACCAGAAAUCUAGUGAAACGCCGGCAGAGUCUGAUCCCGAGAAUGAGCCCGCAAGCAAAAGUGCAAAGCCUGCACUUUGGUCAGUGGUGGCCAAGUGCAUGGACGAGGGUAUUCUCGAUCAGCUCCGCGAUGGCAAGUUGAACAUCAAUGCCAAUGGCGAACCGAUUGAGACGAAGAAAGAAAAGCCCAAAGAGACUCUUCCACCACCCAAAGCAAAACAGGCCUCUGGUCGGGGUGAGCAAGAAGGGGGCAGGGGUCACAAAAUACAGAAGGAAGAACAGGGCCGGAAGAUGCGCAAGGUGCCUCAGCCACCUGUAGAGGAGGAUAGUGAUGGAGGAUUCUUCGAGGAGUGA